AUGUCUAAUCCUCUGAUCUUCUUCACGCAGCUCCUAAUCGCUCAGGCUGCUUUGGCCUGUCCGUUGUCGCGCCAGCAUGACCCAGCGGACCGCUCCGUCACUGUGCCACUAUCAAGUUUGAAGACUACUCAAGGACACGUCAGCGGCAUCACCUUCCUCGCCGACAACGAGGACGACGGCAGAAACAAGCGCCUCGUCUUUGACGAAAGCACAAGAUCGGCAUCGACAUCAACCGUGGCCUACGAAGCUACAAAAGGGCUGUCUGAACGGUUCGCCAUCAGAGGGCAAGGCAGCACUCAUGUGUGCACUAUGUCUAAUCCUCUGAUCUUCUUCACGCAGGUGAGUAAUUGUCACUCAUUGCAUUGUAAACGAUCAAGCAAUACUUUCCUUUUCCUGCUGCCUUGCCCCCGGAUGUGCUUAACCUUAUUUAUUGAGUGCAUUUGUGUCACUCGUGAUUUAUUGUUAAGCGGUGACAUUGAAUCGAAUCCGGGACCUGAUGACUGCCAAGGGGGUGGUAACCCUACAAUGGAAGAGAUGGUGAAGGCGAUUCUGGACAGACAAAACGUGAUUAUGAGAGAUCUAAGUCAAAUAAAAAAUAACCAAAAGCAAUUUGAACACAAAUUUGAAGGUCUAACAAAAAAAGUAAAUCAAAUUGAAGCAACAGUUCAAGAAAUGAAAGAACAAAAAGUUCAAAUCAUAAGCAUUGAAAAACAUGUUAAGGCAAUCGAUGAUGACUUGAAGGAAUGCCAAAAAAAAAUCGCCGACUUAGAAGAUCGGAACCGCCGUAACAACCUCAUGGUUUUUGGUCUCCCAGAGGCUCAAGGGGAAACAAAUGACUCAUUGCGGUCGAAAGUACUUGGUGAUGUGUUUGAAGAAAAACUUGGAAUUCAUGUUAAUACAGUCGAGCGUGUACAUCGCGUGGGGCGAAAAACAAACAAAAACCGCCCAGUUGUAGUUAAAUUUCUUGACUACGCAGAAAAGGAAAACGUGCUAAAAAAGCGAAGGUGUUUGAAAGGGACUAAAAUAACGUUAGAACACGAUUAUUCUUGGCAGACUAUUCAAAAGCGCAAACAGUUGUGGGAAACCAGUAAACCCAAUCGCGAUAACGGGGAAACUGUCUUCUUGAUUCACGAUAAAAUUAAGAUAGGAGGCCAAGUUUUCGAAUGGGAUGAUAAUGUGGGGCAAAUAUGCAAAGAAAGAAAUCGACCAACUCGACAAAAAAGUGUAAAAUGACGUCAAGCACACUCCGGGAAACCCCAUCGAAAGACAUUUCGACUUCUUUCCUUCAAUGCGCAAAGUAUUGUGAAUAAAGUAGAUGAUUUGGAAACAAUCUUGCUAACUCAUGACCCCCACGUGAUCGUCAUCACGGAAACAUGGCUUCACAGUGGUAUUGGUGAUAAUGAAGUUAUUCCGCCUUGUUACAGAAUGAUUAGGAAAGACCGAGGGUUAAGGGGCGGCGGCGUGGCUAUUAUCGCAAAAAGUUCGGUGGACCUGGUACCUUUAGAUUGCGUUGUCAACGGGGAGGUGUUAUGGUGUAAGGUUAAAGUUCACGGCAACGUGUUUGUUGUUGGUGCUGUAUAUAGGCCACCAAACACCGCCCCGAGGUUUUUAGAAGAAUUGUAUGAUUACAUGGCGUUGCGCUUCAAUGACAAAACUAAAAUUAUUUUGACUGGAGACUUCAAUCUUGCUGAUAUUGAUUGGGCAAAGCAAAAACCAGGUAAAAAUGAAAUCGCGUCCUCCGAGCUUUUGUUAGAUAUAGCACUCAGUUUUAAUCUUCAACAGUUAGUGGACAGCCCGACAAGAGUAACAGAUACGAGCCAAUCGAUUCUGGACUUACUUUUUGUUAGCAACAUAGUGGAAGCGGAUAAAGCACAUGUGCUCGACGGAGUGUCAGAUCAUAAAAUGGUGUUUCUUGACUUAGAACUACAUAAAACAGCUGCCGAUAAUGCUCGUCACGAACGUACUGUCAGAGAU